GAUUAUCCAAGGAUCUAAGAGGGUUUCUAAAGAAAAUCACUGAUUUAAUUAAAUCAAAAGUCAUAAUAAUUUGAGUAACCGAUCCUUAAUGUGAGAUUUUGGGGACUGCUUUAAAGAAGGGUUUUUAAAACACGUGUCAGCGUAUCAUGAAGUUUAAUUUUUUUUUUCUUUCUUAUUUUUUCUUUUCUCUCUUUCUUUUCCUCAGUUUCUCUCGUUCUCCGCCUUCUUUGUCGGUGUCUCCUUCUCCUCUCAGAUUAUCCGGUGGACGACGAUGAGUUUAUGUUAAUCAGAAGCAUCAAGCCCUCUGGUUCGCGAGACCUCUAUUCCGCCAUUGAAAAGGCUCUUAAAGGUUCACCAAUCGCCAGAUUAUUCCCUCCUCUUCCCCCAAUGGUUUCCACUUAUAGUUGCUCUUGUAGCCUCAGGGUAAUUCCCCUCCGACCAUCCUUCGUCGGAAACUAUGUCAUGAGAGGUUUGUUGCAAGUGUGAAGCAAGUGUCAUUGUCAUCACUCACCUCGUGAAGCAAGUGUGAAGCAAGUGUCAUUGUACAAGUUUUGUAUGCAUGUGCGUAAGCAGUCACGAAGUUGUAUUACAAAAGUCAUGAAUAGAGCGUUUGUAUGCUAGUGUAUUAUCAGUGUACAAACUUUUGUAUGCUAGUCAGUCAGUCAUGAAUAGAUUGUUUGUAUGCUAGUGUCUUCUAUUAUCAGUCAGUAAGUCACAAGCUUUUGUCCAAUUCACGGACUGUUCUUUCCUUGUAUUCAAGUCAUGAAGACCAUAAAAGGCUUCUAUUAUCACUCUAGCAAACUUCUCGACUUGUAAAGAAUCAAACACAACACCAAAAUCAUCUUCUUGUCACAGCACUCUUGGUUUCUAAAUUUUUUUUCCCACACCACCAAAAUCAUUUUUUCUCUUUAAUUACAACACCCUUGGUUUGAGAAUUUAUCGUUCACAACACCAAAGUCAUAUUUUCUCUUUAAUCACAACACUAUUGCUUCGAACUAUAAUUCGUGAUAGACAAAUGUAUCAACAACUAAAAGCUGAUUUGGUUAAACAUAUAUGGCGUAAAUUUGGACGUGAUGAAUACAACAACUGAACUCAGAUGCUUCUUUCAAAUUAUUCUCUUUUAUUUUCGUAAUCUUUCUUUUUAUGUUUUUAUUUUAAAUCCUAUGUUGAAAAUGUUAUCUUUUAAUAUGUUUUAUUUAAUAAAUAAAUUUUAUCUUAAAUUUUUUUUUUUUAAGAACCCUUAAUUAAGAAACUACCAUUGGAGGCGCAAAAUCGAAUAGUUUCUUAACUAGAGUUUCUUAAGUCCACUAAGUACACUUAUAUCGUUUCUCUUUAUAGCCGCGUAAAUUUUAAAUUUUAAUUCACAGAUUUUUCUGAAUUACGACAAAAGAAAAAGGAAAACAUUCUAAAAAAAUAGAUUCAUGUGUUUUCAUUUAAUUGAUAUACAGUAUAUGUUUCCUUAAUUCAAAGUUUGACUUGUGAGAGAAUCACUAGAACCUGAUUGUAAUUGGAUAUCGUCAAAGUGCCAAAUUAAUGAAAUUGCGUCGCUUCGAUUCUCAGCUCUCUCUCCUUUUAGUCUUCUCUUUUUUUUUUUUUUAGUCUUUACAUUUCUACAUGCAUAGAUUUCGACGUUCAAUCGCUGAAGGUGACAAAGCUUCUUUCUCAUUUCUCGUGGGAAAGAUGGAUCUAAAGGUUUCGUGAAGAGAGUUGCAUCAACUUUCUCCAUCAAGAAAAACAAGAAGAACACCACAACCAAUGAUCCAAAACCACUUCUUCCACGGUCCAAAUCAACAGGUUCCAACUAUGAAUCAAUGCGUCUACCUCAAGGGAAAAAGACUCUUCCAGAUGUCAGAGCAGCAAACACGAAGAGGACCAAAUCCGCAGGUGUUUCCCCUCAGCCACGGCGCGAAAAGAUCGAUGAUUCAUCCGGUAAACAGUUUAUCAAGAUGAGAUGUUUUGACGACAGCGAUUCCGUUUGGUUGGCUUCGGACUGCGCUUCUACUUCCUCUCUUCUAGAGGAACGUAGAGUCUCUGUCUCGUUUCAUUUCUCACUCGACGAAAAGGUUGUCUCCUGGUUAUCAAACGCUGCUAACUCUUCAUUGUCUCUCAAAGAGAAUCAUCAUCAUCAUCACCGGACAAAAAGUACUUCAGAGAACAUGCGAAAGGACGGAAAAUUCUGCAACUCAUCCGGUAAAUAUAUUGGAACAGGUUCUGUAAAGUCGUCCUCGCGUUUGCAUGAGAGCAACAACAAGACUUGUCCAAGGAAAUCAUGUGAAGAGUCGUCUAGUCAUGAAGAAAAGAAAGUUAGUUUCUCACUAGAGUCAGAUGUGUCUCCUUCACCGGUUAACUUAAUUUCUGUCCCAUCUACUCCAGCUAGACCCAUACUUGCAGAGAGUGGAGAUUCAAAGAGAAAGCAUGUUGUGGAGCCUCUUUUUUGGCCAUUGGAGCAGAAGUUUGAUUGGACGCCAGAGGAUAUACUAAAGCAUUUCACCAUGUCUCCACGUAGAAAGAAAUCAAUAGGAACCAAAGGUGCAAGUACCUCUCCAAGAUCAAUGAGGGCACAGCUUCAGACAAGAAAGCUAGAUCUCAAAGAAGGGUGCAAGAGAAAGCUCAUGUUCAACGGUCCUGCAGGAUCAAAUUCAAAACCAACACGGAUCCCUGAACUGAAAAGAACAGUAAGCAAUAACAGUAGCAGCAACAAGGGAACCGAGAUCAGCAAGAACCAACAACAACCCAUCAGCAGGAACAUUGUGAAGAGGAACAAAAGUUUGCCGUCUAGGUUGAGAAAAUCUAGUAAAAUAUCUUCAAAGGUGGUACCUAUCGAAGAGAGUGGAGAGAUAGGAGGCAGAGAGGCAAAAACACCUAAGAAGCUUAUCAUGACACGCAAGUCCAGGACUUUCUUGGAAGAUGACUUUGCUUUGAUGAAUGAUUUCUCUAUAGAAAAAGCUGUUGGGCUUUGUGAGUUCAGGGGAAGAGAAGGCAUAGAUUCAGACUUCAACACUGAGGGCUUCUUGUUUGAAGACUCUCUAUGAGAAAAAAAAGAAGAAGAUAAAGGCUUUACAGGUGUGUGAAAUAGUGUAUACUUGCCAAAACCAACAUCUGCAUUGGUGACAAUUUUGUUCCUUGUUUGUAUAUCUAUUGGAUAGUAAAUACAUGUGACAUUCAUAUAUAACCACACAUAUGUAUGCAUUUUGGACCAAUCAAAGAGCCGGAACAUGUGUUCUCAUUAAAAGUUCUAUACUUUGACAAGAUGGUUGUGUCAUUCAUCUGUAUGUUAAGGUUCUCAGUCCUUAGAAUAUAAGCAGACAUAACCAUUGGAGAA